AUGGACUCUUUGAAGCCAACUUGGUAUCAUGAGCUUCUCGCUCUGGGCGCUCUGUCUUUCCUGACGACUCUGCGUGAGUCUUUCUUGCAGACCGCCGCUCGAUACCUCAUCGCUCUGCUUGUGGGGCGGCACGUUGUCAGGGCAGUGUACUACAUCUUCAUCUACCCGUACUUCUUCUCUCCCCUCAGAUACCUCCCAGGACCAAAGAACCACCACUUCCUCGUCGGCGACCUCAUCAACCAGGCCAAGUCAGGAAACCCCAUCGAGCCAUACCUCUCGUGGACGCGACAAUGGCCCAACGAGCCAUUAAUCAAAUUUACCGGCUUCGGCAACGCGGACUGCCUCAUCAUUAACGACCUGGAAGUCUUUAAGGAGAUCUUCCAGACCAAGAGCUAUUCAUUUAUCAAGGCGCAGUUCAACACCCGCAUCAUUGUACAAGUGACGGGGACCGGAAUGGUGUUUGCUGAAGGAGACUUGCACAAGUCUCAGAGGAAGUUACUAUCGCCCUCAUUUUCUCUCACCAAAGUCAAGAAGGCGAUUCCACUCUUCCAAAGCAAAGCAAAAGAGCUCGUUCAACUCUUUGAUAAUGAGAUCAAGUCUCAGCAGGGCGUCGUAGACAUGUCCCAGGUCUUCAGCCGCGUCACAGUCGACAUCAUAGCAUGGUGGACCCUCGGCAUCGACCUCCGAGCAACCCUAACCCACUCAUUCUUCCACCAGGCCUACCACCGCAUGUUCGACCCGUCCCUCUUCGGCGGCAUCCUCAUGGUCAUGAACGCCUACAUCCCGGGAACCCGCUCGCUCCCCUUUGAGGAGAACCGCGUCUUCAACGCCUUCAGUGGCGGCGUCCGCUCGCGUAUACGAGAAGUCAUUCGCGAACGCUUCGCAGAGAUUGACGAGAUCAACGAAAAGACCCGCGACAGGCCCGAUCUCCUGACGCAUAUGAUCCUCGAGUCCAGAUCCAUCAACGAACCCUGGUCCGAGGACGAAAUCCUCGAAAACUGCCUCAACAUGAUGGUCGCAGGCCACGAAACCUCCGCCACGACGCUCACCUGGGGCACGCACAUAUUCACGCUCUACCCGCACAUCCAAACGCGAGCCAGAGCCGAAGUCCUCGCCCUCCUCAAGAAAACUCCCACACCAGAUUACCGCGAUCUCGAAGAGGGUCUUCCCUUCAUCGACAAUCUCACGCGCGAGAUCCUCCGCUUCUACGCGCCGGGCGUCCUCGCCGCCCGCGAACCUGUCGAAGAUAUCACCAUCGGUGGCACCUUUAUCCCCAAGGGCACCCCGCUCUACAUGUUCCCUGCCCUUGUCACUAGGAAUAAACAAAUCUGGGGCGAGGACGUGGACGAGUUCGACCCGGACCGCUGGGAUCGGCUUGAGGGGACGCCCGCGAGCAACCCGCUUGCCUUUGCGGCGUUUUUGGCUGGGCCGAGGCAGUGUAUCGGAAAGGUGUUCGCGCUGAUUGAGCUGAAGGUGAUCUUCAUGGCGAUCUUGAGUAAUUUCAAAUUUGAGGCCGCGUUGGAUCCCAAGGAUGUCGAGUUUGUUAAUCCUAGUCCUGUUUUGAGGCCUAAGGUAGGCUUAAAGGUGAGGGUGCGACGGCUGGAGGCGGGUGAUUUUGAGGAUGCGUCCUUGUAGCGAGUUUCUCGCCGUCUAUCAUGGGAGAUUUGUGUGGCUAGUUUCUCUGUUAUCUUGACCCAAUCUCUUUAACAGCAUGUUUCGAUCACAUGUGCAAGUCCCCACAACAGACUUCACGGGGCUUCUUGAGAUAUAUUCCAUCGGCCGAGAGACUUGCCGUCAUGCCAAGGAACACUUGGAGUGAUGUCGAUUCCACACUCAUGCUGAAUCACUCGCAGUAGAUUGAGAUGGCAGCAUUUCUACUCUUGGGUCAAUGCAAUUUGAUAAGUAAUAUUGGUGUGAUUGAUGCGCUUUGGGGGCAACGUCAAAUACGACCUUGAGAUGUACAGCACCAAUUGACAUCUCUAUAGUUACGAAUUCAAUAGCGAGCAUUCAUCAGAAAGAAUUACAGA